AUGGAGGUGAUUCCAAAGCUCUCAGAAGUGAGCUGUAAUAAAAGCUGGCUCUGUAAGGAAAUAACCAGCCACACUAAGACGGAGCUGUUGUCCUUAUGCUCUUCUCCUUCUCUACGAGAUGGAACAAAUCACAGAUCAGUCAGAGUUAAGGAGGAGGCCUACGACCCUGGAUAUCAUUUCACGAAAAAAAUGGACUUUGAUUCCAGCUUACUUAAUGUUAACAAGGAAAUUGGUGACCUCAAGCAUGAAUUCACUGCAGAAGAGGACUGUGAACAACAUGUCCCCCUUAAAGCAGAGAUUUGUCAGGAGGCCUUUAACCUCAGCUGUACCUUCAUAAAAAAGGAUGCAUUUGACCCUGAAUUCAUUAGAAGAACACCAGACCAGGCUUCUGCUUUAGAGAAAAGACCUCACAACUUGGGGUUUAGUGUAGAUUUCACUAAGAGCAGCAAUUUAGGAAGGUUGUCUGAGGAACUAGAGAAAAACCUUUCCGACAUUGAAAAGACAGAAGACUCUGUAUUGGAUAGUCUCUCUUGGCCCUUAUCUGAAGAAGUUAAAUUGAAAAGGGAAGAAGAUGAUACAAAGGUUCCCAUCACUGUGCCUUCCAGUUGCUCGCCAGAAAAUGGAAAGACUGUUAAGUUAGAAUCAUUAUAUUACGAUCGAGAGGAUUGUUCACAAAACAGAGAAACAUCCAGGGAGAAUAUGGAUAUGGAAACAAAUGUUGACAAUCUUUAUGGAGAAAUUCACACUAAAGAGAAGAAUAUUAUGUGUGGUAAAAUGUUCAAAAAUAAGUACCACCAGAAAGUUCACACAGGUGCGGCACCCCAAAACAUGCACAACAGAGAAACUCACUUUGCUUGCACACAGUGUCCAAAAAAGUUUAAAACAAGAUACCCCCUUCAUCGCCACCAACAACUUCACACUGGUGAGAGGCCUUGUGGAAGUGCAUUCUUAACUAAACUAGCUCUUGAAGAGCACCUGAUGUUGCACAAUGGAGAGAGUUUGUAUAACUGCAGUGAAUGCAAAAAGGAAUUUCUAAAUGAAGAGAGAGCUCACGAAGAAGAGAGUGUCCAGUUGGCUGCUACUGAAAUGGCACAUCAUACUUGUGCUGAAUGUGGAAAACAGUUCUCCCUUCAACAGCAUUACAAACCUCACUCGGGAGAGAGGCCCUAUUAUUGUGAUGAAUGCGGAAAGAGAUUCAUAACGAAGGUGAGACAUCUUAAGAUUCACAUGGGAGAAAACCUAUAUACUUGUUCUGAGUGUGCAAAAUCAUUUACAAAGAAGGCUAAUCUUCAUCGACACCAGAAAGUUCACUCUAGAGAGAGCCAGCAAGACAUCAGCUUGGAAGAAGGAAAUCACGUAUGCACAGAGUGUAGUAAAGUGUUUAACAGUAGAUAUUCCCUUCAGCAUCACCAGAGCAUUCACACUGGAGAGAAUGGGCAAAACAUGCAUACCAAAGUGAAGCGUUUUGCUUGUACUAUAUGUGGAAAAAUGUUCUCAACCAGUUACUCUUACCAUCGCCAUGAAAAGAUUCACAGUGGGGAGAAGCCAUUCAGCUGUGCUGAAUGUGGCAAACAGUUCACACAUCAUUAUUAUCUUGUGGCACAUCAGAAAAUUCAUACUAGGAAGAAGCUUUUUUCCUGCACUGAAUGUGGAAAGUCAUUUGUGAAGGAGAGUUCUCUUCAGCAGCAUCUAAGAGUUCAUAGCGUUAAAUCUUACUGCUGUGCAGAAUGCGGAUUGCAAUUCAAAUUCAAGAGUAAGUUUGAACGCCACCAGACUAUUCAUACCGGGUACAAACCUUAUUCCUGCCCUGAAUGUGGGCGACGUUUUUUACAAAAAAGUCAUCUCCAGCUGCACCAGAGAUUUCACACUGGAGUGAAAAAGUAUGAAUGUCCUGAAUGUGGAUUGAGAUUUACAUGGCAGCGGGAUGUUCAAAAACACCAGCAAAUUCACAUUGAAGAGAAGCCAUAUUCCUGCAGUGACUGCGGAAAGAGUUUUGCACAGAGAAACCAGCUCAAGAGCCACAGGAGGAUUCACAGUUUAGGUCAACAGUAUGACUGUACUGAAUGUGGAAUGAGGUUUGCAGUUAAAUGGAGUCUUCGGCAGCACAUGAAAAUUCAUGCCGUGCAAAGCGGAGGCUGCCCGGAAAUUGUGGUAGGAGUUGGAUAUGGAGGGAGUUUGAAAUACUAUACGACUCCUUAA